CAAAUUCAAAAAUAACCCAAUUAAUCUAAAUCAAAUCCAAUGGCUUCCUAAAUUCACUCCUUCACUCUCCGUAAAGCUAAACAAAAAUCAUCGAAAUAUUCCACUGAUUCGUUACCCUAAUCCUUAAUCCUUCUUCACCAAGUGUUAACCCAGAACAACAACAAUCCACCACUUGGCUACUCUACUGUUACUUCUUCUUCUUCUUCUUCUUCAACUACACAAGGGUGGGCCAUUUUGAUUUUACGAUUCCAACUCUUGGGAUUUCUCAUUUCAACUUCAAAAAUGAUGCAUCGCUUUAGGUUUCACACUGCAACCCCGUGAGACCACUUAUUGCGGGUCUCUGAGUUGAACUGCAUAAUUUCUUUGAUGAACUUGCUUAGAUAUAUCUUGAGAGGCAAAUUUCCUUGCGUCGUUCGAUCCAAAUCUUGUUCUCUCGAUGUCUGUUCAAGAGAAAUUUUCUUCGUUGCCAUCAUCAAGUUCUGCUCGAGAGGUUGAUCCAUUGUUGAAGGAUUUGAAUGAGAGGAAGCAGAGCUUCAGGCGAAAUGUUGUGUCGUUGGCGGCAGAGUUGAAGGAGGCUAGAAGCCGUCUUUCGUCUCAAGAACAAUCGUUUGCUAAAGAGACUCAAACAAGGCAGGAAGCAGAGACUAAGGCUAAUAUUAUGGAACAAGAAAUUGGGAGAUUACAUGCGGAAUUGGAAGAAAGGGACGGACAACUCAAGGCUUCUGCAACUACUGCCACCAAGUAUCUCCAUGAGUUGGAUGGAUUAAGAUUACAGCUUGUCGCCACUCAAGCGACUGCUGAUGCGAGUGCUGCAUCAGCUCAAUCUGCACAGAACCAGUGUUUGGUGCUUUUGAAGGAAUUAGACGAAAAGAACACUUCUAUAAAAGAGUACGAAGAUCGAGUAAAAAGGUUAGGAGAACAACUAGACAAUCUACAGAAAGAUCUCCAGGCAAGGGAAUCUUCUCAGAAGCAACUGAAGGAUGAAGUGAUGAGAGUUGAGCAUGAUAUUUUGGAAGCUCUAGCCAAAUCUGGUGUGAGCAAGGAUUGUGAAUUGAGGAAAAUAUUAGAUGAAGUUUCCCCCAGAAAUUUGGAGAAGAUCAAUAAGUUGUUGAUUGCCAAAGAUGAAGAGAUAGCGAAACUCAAAAAUGAAAUCAAGAUGAUGUCUGCUCACUGGAAGCUUAAAACCAAGGAGUUGGAAUCACAAGUAUGCAAACUUAUUUGGCUAUACUGUUACUUCCUUGUAUCAUUUUUCGUAUUCAUUUACACAUUUUCAUUUUCUUAUCAACAGUUGGAGAAACAACGACGAGCCGACCAAGAGUUGAAAAAGAGGGUGUUAAAGCUGGAAUUCUGUCUGCAAGAAGCUCGCACUCAGACGCGGAAACUUCAAAGAAUCGGAGAGCGACGAGAGAAAGCCAUAAAGGAACUGAGAGAUCAGUUGGCAGGAAAACAAGGUGGAGCCUGUUCUGCUGCAGAUGCCGAAAAGCAUAACUUUUGGGAAACCUCAGGGUUCAAGGUCGUGGUUUCGAUGUCGAUGUUGGUAUUGGUAGUAUUUUCUAAGCGAUAAAGUAAAUCAUUAGAAUGUAUAGUAGUAGCAUGGCUAGAAGUCAUUUUAGAGGGCCUUACUACAGUAUAGGAAGUAGAAUGUAGAGGAGAAUUUCGCCCUUAUUCUCCCUUUUUAGCUCUUGGAAAAUGUAGAAGAAAGACCACUAAAAAAAUCUUUAUGCUAACAUGUUAAAGAUUUAUAGUGACAGUGGUAUUUUCUAAAAUCACAGGAAGUGAUUCUGUAUUUAUAUGUAGAGGAUGGUACCUUUUGAUGAAUGGUGCUUCAUCUAAUUUUGUUUUAGAAGUAAAACCUCAUUAACAUCCA